GUGGCGGCGGCGGCGGCGGCGGCCACGACGGCGGCGGUUGCUGCGCCCGGUACGCGGGUCGCCUGAGGCGCAGGCGCGGUGGACUCAGCCCGCCCCGGGCCUCGGCUCGCUGUGGACUCGUCAUGGCGAUGGAGAAGAGGCCUUUCCAGCUGGUGGUGUUCGGCGCCUCUGGCUUCACCGGCCAGUUCGUGACCGAAGAGGUGGCCCGGGAGCAGGCGGCCCCGGAGCGGGGCUUCCGCCUGCCCUGGGCCGUGGCGGGCCGCUCCCGGGAGAAGCUGCUGCGAGUGCUGGAGAGGGCGGCGCUCAAGCUCGGAAGACCGACACUACCAUCUGAAGUUGGAAUAAUAGUUUGUGACAUCACUAAUUCAGCCUCACUUGAUGAAAUGGCUAAACAGACAACACUUGUCCUCAACUGCGUAGGACCUUAUCGAUUUUUUGGCGAACCUGUAGUAAAAGCGUGUAUUGAAAAUAGAACCAGCUGCAUCGACAUCUCUGGGGAACCUCAGUUUCUGGAACUAAUGUAUUGGAAGUAUCAUGAGAAAGCUGCAGAGAAAGGGGUUUAUAUCAUUGGAAGCACUGGCUUUGACUCCAUUCCAGCAGAUCUGGGAGUAAUAUAUACCAGAAAUAAAAUGAACGGUACUUUGACUGCUGUGGAAAGUUUCCUGACUAUAAAUUCAGGACCUGAGGGGCUGUGUAUUCAUGAUGGCACUUGGAAGUCAGCAAUUUAUGGUUUCGCAACUAAGAAUAGUUUGAAAAAACUGCGAAAUGCAUCAUGUCUGAAACCUGUCCCAGUCCUUGGUCAGAAGUUGAAAAAAAGGUGGCCAAUUUCGUUUUGUAAAGAACUCAACACAUACACCAUUCCUUUCUGGGGAUCUGAUGCCUCUGUUGUGAGACGGACUCAGCGUUACUUGCAUGAAUAUUUGGAGGAACCACCAGUUCAGUAUGCUGCCUAUGUUUCUGUGGGAGGCAUCACCUCUGUUAUUAAGCUGAUGUUUGCUGGACUUUUCUUCUUAUUCUUUGUGAGGUUUGGCAUCGGAAGACAACUUCUCAUAAAAUUCCCAUGGCUCUUCUCCUUUGGUUAUUUUUCAAAACAAGGUCCAACACAAAAACAGAUCGAUGGGUCAUCAUUUACAAUGACAUUCUUUGGUCAAGGAUACAGCCAAGGCAUUACUGCUGAGAAGAACAAACCAAAUGUCAAAAUUUGUACUCAGGUGAAAGGACCAGAGGCUGGCUAUGCAGCCACACCCAUAGCCAUGGUCCAGGCCGCCAUGACUCUACUGAAUGAUGUCACCGACCUUCCCAAGGGGGGCGGGGUCUUCACACCCGGAGCCGCCUUCUCCAGAACCAGGUUGAUUGACAGACUCAACCAGCAUGGCAUUGAAUUUAGUGUCAUUAGCAGCUCUGAGGUCUAAACAGUUGAAGAAGUGAAGUCACUAAAUGCAUGAAUUAACAGCUCCUGUAUGUGAUACGUGAGAUUCUUCUAUGAGCCUGUCUGACUGUAUGUGGAGAUGAUUGUCAAAGUGUAAAAUCUACACAUUAAAGGCAGGAGAUUGUACUAACUUA